CAUGCGUAAAAGUGGUAAUGGAGGAUAGUGGUCUAUUCACAGGGGGUUUAGUUAGCAAGCUCUCUUAUUUCUCCUAUCUUCAGAACUGCCGGUUUUGUUUAUUACGAGUUGUUUACAACAGAAGGGAACUCGUCUGAAUCAACCCAGAGCAGGCUGAGCUGCCAUUCAGUUUUGGGAUGGCGUCGGACGGGGUUUCCCAAAACCAUGGUUCCAAAGGGAUCAUGACUUUUUACCCCACUGCUGAGGAAUUUAAGGACUUCACCCGCUAUGUUGCAUAUGUGGAGUCCCAGGGAGCACAUAAAGCAGGCCUGGCCAGAAUUGUCCCACCAAAGGAAUGGAAGCCCAGAGGCUCUUAUGACGACAUAGACGAUUUGGUGAUCCCUGCACCCAUUCAGCAGGUGGUGACAGGCCAGUCGGGCCUUUUCACACAAUACAACAUUCAGAAGAAGCCCAUGACUGUCGGAGAGUUCCGCAAGAUUGCCAACAGUGACAAGUUCUGUAGUCCACAUUAUGAUGACUUUGAGGAGCUGGAAAGGAAGUACUGGAAGAAUGUGACGUUUAACCCUCCCAUAUACGGGGCAGAUGUUAAUGGAUCUCUAUACGGCCGAGAUGUCAAAGAGUGGAACAUUUGCCACCUGGACACCAUUUUGGAUACUGUUGAACAUGAAAGCGGCAUCACCAUUGAGGGUGUUAACACACCCUACUUGUAUUUUGGCAUGUGGAAGACCACUUUUGCAUGGCACACUGAGGACAUGGACCUCUACAGUAUCAACUACUUGCACUUCGGAGAGCCCAAAUCAUGGUACUGUGUUCCUCCAGAGCAUGGGAAGAGAUUGGAGCGUUUGGCUAAAGGUUUCUUUCCUGGUAGUUCCCAAAAUUGUGAGGCCUUUUUGAGGCACAAGAUGACUCUCCUCUCUCCCUCUAUUCUGAAGAAGUAUGGCAUUCCUUUUGAAAAGAUUACUCAGAGGGCUGGUGAGUUCAUGAUAACAUUUCCCUAUGCCUAUCACGCUGGCUUCAACCACGGCUUCAACUGUGCAGAAUCCACUAACUUUGCAACAGAGAGAUGGAUCGAGUACGGCAAGCAAGCAGUUUUGUGCUCGUGCCGCAAAGACAUGGUGAAGAUUUCCAUGGAUGUAUUUGUAAAGAAAUACCAGCCGGAACGCUAUGAACAGUGGCUGGCAGGAAGAGAUGUGGCCCCCAUCGACCACACACGGCCCACCCCAGAGGCCAAGGAGUUCCUAGGGGACCUUACUGACAUCACCUGCAACAGUAACUCCAUGGAGAGCUGUGGGGAGGACGGAGAGCGGAAGAGCGCUACACACAGGAUAGAGACAAAGAGACACAGAGUUUGUCUGGAGGUGCCUGAGGAGGUUGUUCCUAAGGAUGAAGAUGAGGAAGAUGUGGAGCAGUAUGGGAAGCGUCCCAGACUAAGCCUUAUACCGCCACGUACUAUGUCACAAGAUGGCAAGAAAAUUAAAGGCCCAUCCAAGCUGGUUGUCACACCAACCAAGCUCACAUUAUUGGAUCCAUUUCACAGAAGUGACGUCGUGCGCGCCCCACACUAUUCAAAGACUCGUGCUCCUGCUAUCUCGUCGCAGUCCCAGCCCAGAAACGGACAUCUGUCAGUUUCAGCUUCACCUUCGUGGACAGAAGCCACCGCUCAGCCUUCACGCAAAAUGGGAGUAGCCAGCCUGCUCUUCCACAGGACUCUGGAUCCUAAAGACACUCUCCAAGUAAAGAGCUACACUCUGGUGAAGCAGCAGCCUCACACACAGCUGCAGGUGCACAGCUACGCCCGAGAGCAUCAGUCCCGUCACCUCCAGCACAAAACCUGUACACCAUCAGUCGCUCAGGGCCAGCCCUCGCCUCAGGCACCGGGCUGCGAAAGAAUAGAGCCACAGCCAGAAUCCAAGAUGAUUCUUCUUACCAAAGCAGCAGUGAAUGAAUCAGAAGCACUGGGUCUUGUGGAGCUGGACCAGAAGGAAGAAAAACCUGAGGUAUCAAUCACUGCUGAGCCUCUGGCUGAACUGAAGCCCACUAUCAAGACUGUUUCCUCUCUGCCUCUAACACAACUUAAAGAGUUGAGCAAAAAAGAGAUAGAGGCCCCUAAGAACAAGCGAAAGAGUAAGCAAUCCCCCCUUGAAGAUAUUGGCAUUAUCAUCCUGAAUGACACCAUUCCUGUCAGCAAACCAGUCCAAGCUGAGGUGAAGGUGAUCCCUCGGAUUCAGCACCAGGUGUCAGAAGAGCAGUCAUACUGCAAGUCAGUUGUGAAGAAGCUGCAGCAGCAGCAGGCGCAGCAGGAGGAGCACAGUGACAAUGAUGAUUAUAUAAAGGAGGAGUUUGAGCAGGAGGAGACCGAGGAGUGGGCGAAGCCGCUCACCCAGCUGUGGCAGUGUCGGCCGCACAACCCUCAGGCAGAGAGAGAGUUCAACAAGAGCAUGGGCAAGAAGGCGCCCUACUGCUCCAUCUGCCUGCUCUUCCACACCUACCAUCAGUCUGAGUCCAGCAGUGGGGGUUCCAGCGGGGCGUUGGUGAAUCGUCCAGGGGGCCGUCAGUUUUCCAAGCCACUCAUCCCUGAAAUGUGCUUCAACACACAAUCUAGCAAGACGAAUGAUAACGGGGAGGGCCAGCUGUCCAACCCUCAUAUAGCCGAGGACGGGACCAGCCGGCUGGUCACCUGUGCUCAGUGCUGCGUCCGCGUACAUACCAGUUGCUAUGGCGUGUCGGGGGAUGGAGCAGAGCUAGACGACUGGCUGUGUGCCCGCUGUGAUGCGGGAGCCACCACUGAGGACUGCUGCCUUUGUUCCCUGAGAGGCGGCGCUCUGCAGAGAGCCAACAAUGACAAGUGGGUUCAUGUGCUGUGUGCCAUCACUGUGCUGGAAGCUCAGUUUGUCAACGUCACUGAGCGAGGACCCAUCGACCUCUCCACUAUCCCCGUGACACGCUUCAAACUGAAGUGUGCAUAUUGCAGGAAGCGGAUGAAGAGGGAGGUGACGGGCUGCUGCGUGCAGUGCUCCCACGGGCGCUGCUCCACGGCGUUCCACCCCACCUGCGCUCAGGCCGCCGGCAACCUCAUGCACCCGGAGGACUGGCCCUUCACCGUCUUCAUCACCUGCCAAAGACACAAAACGCCUGCCAUACCCGAGCGCAACAGGGCGUCCAUGCGGGAGCUGGCCGUCGGGCAGAGGGUGAUCUGCAAAUACAGAAACGGCCGGUACUACCACAGCGAGGUGGUGGAGCUGACCACAGCCACCUUCUACGAGGUGGUGUUCGACGACGGCUCCUACAGCGACAACCUCUUCCCAGAGGACAUUGAGAGCCGUGACUGCGCGCGCCACGGCCCCCCCACCCAAGGUGAAGCAGUUCAGGUGCGAUGGACAGACGGGUUGAUAUAUGGAGCCAAGUUCAUGGCGUCGCACUCCAUCCCCAUGUACCUGGUGGAGUUUGAGGAUGCCUCACAAAUCUCUGUGAAGCGAGAAGACAUCUAUACUUUAGAAGAGAAUCUGCCCAAACGAGUGAAGUCCCGACUGUCGGUGGCGUCAGACAUGCGCUUCGAGCUCUUUUCUCAGAGCAACGUCAAGCAGAACACCAAAAGGCAACGAGUCAUCAACUCGCGGUACAGAGAGGACUACAUCGAGCCCGUCAUUUACCGAGCCAUCAUGGAGUGAUCCCUCUUCCUCCUCCUCCUCUUCCUGCUCCUCCUCAUCAACUCCCCACAGAGAUGCAGCUCCAGGUUUCUGGUUCUCAGUUUCUGGCUACUGCUCAUAGGAAACGCCCCCCCACUCCUCUUCCUCCCACUUCUCCUUCUUCCGUGGCUUGUCAGGCUACAUAUUUAUGAACUACGGCUGGGACUUAAAAAGACUUUUGUCUGCAUCAAAUACUAUUCUUUGACCUGCGUUUCCCAUCACACAUCCCAUGUAAAUCAUCAAUUUCAUUGUUUUUUUUUCUUUUUCUCAGGAAGAAGCCAUCAAUCGAUUAUUAAAUAUAGGAACGUUUGAAUCAGGGGCUAGAUAUAUUGUUUCCUCUACCACCCCAUUUAGGACAGUUUUCUACUUGUGACAAUUCUUCUACAAUGAUCACUUCGCUCUUGAUUUACAGCCCCAGGUUGUUAUCAUAAUCAUUUAUCAUAAUUUGUGUUGAGGUUUUAAAGGAUUAUUCUGUUUUCUACUCAUGAGGUUUAUCAAAGCCAAUCACCUGUUGACUAGGAAAAAAAAACUAAUAAAUUCAUCAAGAACUGUUUUAGUUGCGUCCCCAAAGAAAUGAAAUAAUAUCUCAAGGUCAUCUUUUGACACAUCUCCAGAUUGUUGAAGUGAUGCCAUGCAUGGAGUGAUAAUUUAUUAUGCUCAUAGGUGUCAAUGUGCGUCUACUGUGAAAAUAGAAAAAAAAACUAGACAUGUUUGGAAGGCCCAAGCCUUAGAUUUCCAAGGGCCAGGCAUACUUUGUUUUUUCAAAAAGCUUAAGGUUUAUUAAAACUAUUGUAAUUAAUGUUAUUAUUACACUUUAUUUAUGCAUUAAAUUUGAAAACAAAGCUAUUUUUGUCAUGUCCUUUUCACGAUCUGUAGAAAACCUAAGAUGUAUUUAUAUUUAUUAUAUUGAUGGGUUUUCAGACAGCCUGAUUUACAGAUCGCCCUCCUGUUCUGAGAUCAGAGGGUGAGAACGCCAAUCUGGCUCAAGUCCCUCUCCAAGCGAAAAGCACUUAUUUGUACCUCCUGCCUGCCACAGGAGAUGUACCAUUUUGUCCACACAUGGCCUCCACCUAAAUUAGAUUUUUUUGUGUUUCUGAUAAAGGUUAGCUCAAGAUGUACAUUGUUCUAGGUUGAUCCCAAAUAAAUGAAAAGAUGAAAGGAUCCCAUUCAAGUUUUCUUUUUGUUGAUUCCUGAAAAUGUUGUGUUCUCAGGAGGAAGUGUUCGUAGCACACCGUUUCAGUUAUAUGUUUCAUGGCUACUGUUGUCUUAUUUGCUUUCAUUUUGUUCAAAGCAGCAUCAAAUCUGUAAACAUUGACACUUUUGAGUAAAGUUGGAGUAAGAAUUGACUUUCUCUACAUGUACCACACUUGGAAACGAGCAGAUAAAAGUGCUGAUAUGCAG